UGGUCACUCUGACUCUAAACGGCGCUAGGACCAUGUUGGGGCCAUGUUCUGUGGGCCAGCCCAAGCAAUCUGUCCUCACGAGGGAGUCCUUUCUCGCCUCCGCGCGGUGAUUGGGUGGAAGAUGGCGCUGGGCGAAUGGAAAUCCUAAUGACAGUUUCCAAAUUUGCCUCUUUUUGUACCAUGGGCGCCAAUGCCUCCGCCUUGGAAAAAGAGAUUGGCUCUGAACAAUUCCCUGUCAACGAGCACUACUUUGGUUUGGUUAAUUUUGGGAACACCUGCUACUGCAACUCGGUGCUGCAGGCUCUGUACUUCUGCAGGCCAUUCCGGGAAAAAAUCUUGGCCUACCGCAGCCAGCCCAGACGCAAGGAAAACUUGCUCACCUGCCUGGCCGACCUGUUCCACAGCAUCGCCAAUCAGAAGAGGAAAGUGGGUGUCAUCCCCCCUAAGAAGUUCAUUACGCGACUACGCAAAGAGAACGAACUGUUUGAUAAUUACAUGCAACAGGAUGCUCACGAGUUCCUGAACUACCUGCUGAACACCAUCGCAGACCUACUGCAGGAGGAGCGGAAACAGGACAAGCAGAACGGCCGCCUGGCCAAUGGCACGCUGGACUCCCAGAACAACAACAGUAGCAGCAGCGGGAGCAGCAGCGGCAGCAGUGCCGGCGGCGGCAGCCAGAACAACCCGCCACCGGCUUCCACCUGGGUCCACGAGAUCUUCCAGGGCACACUGACCAAUGAGACACGCUGCCUCACCUGUGAGACGAUAAGCAGCAAAGAUGAGGACUUCUUGGACUUAUCAGUCGACGUUGAACAGAACACGUCAAUCACUCACUGUCUAAGGGGUUUCAGCAACACUGAGACUCUGUGCAGUGAAUACAAAUACUACUGCGAGGAAUGUAGAAGCAAACAGGAGGCCCACAAAAGGAUGCGGGUGAAGAAGCUGCCCAUGAUCCUGGCCCUGCACCUCAAGCGCUUCAAGUACAUGGAACAGCUGCAGCGCUACACCAAGCUCUCCUACCGUGUGGUCUUCCCCCUCGAGCUCCGCCUCUUCAACACGUCCGGUGACGCCACCAACCCUGAGCGUCUCUACGACCUGGUCGCGGUUGUAGUGCACUGCGGGAGUGGUCCAAACCGAGGACACUACAUUGCUAUCGUGAAGAGCCACGACUUCUGGCUACUGUUUGAUGAUGACAUUGUAGAGAAAAUUGAUGCCCAGGCUAUCGAGGAGUUCUACGGCCUCACUUCAGAAAUUUCCAAGAAUUCCGAAUCUGGCUACAUCCUGUUCUACCAAUCCAGAGACUGAGCAUGUAGUUUUAUUUAAGGUGGGGGUCGAGGGUGGGGGUGCUGAAUGCCCCAAGGUAGAAGACCUGCAGUAAAAUAAUUAAAGAUAAAUAGGUCCUGUCUGCAUCCACGCAUUCUGCAGUGCCCUAUAUGGGAAGAUGGACAUGGUCAUCAGUUCUACCAACACACUCUCGACUGUCUACUCUUCUGGCGUGGGGGCCCAGGUUGGAGGCCCUGAUGC